GCUAUGACACAUGGCGGGAACUAUCCCAAAGCAGACGAUCAGAUUAUAAUCAACGUCAUUUUCAGUUUGUUUGGUUGAUUUAUCCAAGUUUCCCAAAUUCAGAAGCAAUGGGGAAAAGAGCAUGAAAACGGAAACUGAAUAAUUCUGGGGAUACUCCAAACAGUGACCCCCAGUUACAAGAGGGCAUGCUGUACUGAAAGGUAUAGAAUUACAUCAAGGGGCAUAUCAAUGGUGCAGCUAGAGGAAGAAAAAAAUUAGAUUGUAAUAAUUGUCAGUGCCAAUGACACAGUGAGUGGUUUUGAUUUGGUCACAACGCACUAUAACAAAAAUAAAGAUGUAUUGCAAGUAAGCCUUGAUAAAUUUGAAGGGAACAACAAUCCUAUAGAUGAGCACAUUGACCAGUCCACGGAGGAAACUAGCGUCAUUGCAGAUAUUGAGAAGACAACGGCUCAUCCUAAUGACAUGGUGGGGAAUAAGGAUGGUGAAAUCAAAUGCAAAGAAGAACACAACCGCAUUGUUGAGCCUAUAAAAGACCAUGCCUUUAGUUCAAUUCAUGGAACAGAACAUAUUGACUGUUUUGAGGGAGUUAUUUGCCAAAAAGUUACCACUGUUGAGGAAGAAGUAAGCUUGGAAGGCAAAUAUGCGUUAGGACUGAAUGGAAAUGUUAUUGCCAAUAAUAACAAAGAAAAUAAUAACAUUAAGAUAUAUGUGGACACUUUAAAAAAUCAAGGAAGUAUAAGCUUGAGAAAUGAAGAUUACGCACUAGAAGUGAUGGAAAAACAGAUUGAUAACAGUACAAGAUUGGUAAACACAGAGACUUUUGAAGUUGAUACCCUUGAGGUGGAUCAGUGUGUUGGUUUUGAUGAUAACAAUGAUACAUGUGAAGUUAUUUUAAAUGAUGAAGGUGUUCAGUGUGUAAGGUCGACAAAGCCUUAUGCAUUAAUCACGUGUGACUGGUCUGCAAGGUGUGAAUCUGUUGUUGUCCCUGAGCUAAGUGAAGCAGAACACUGUACACAUGUUGGUUCAUCUAGCCAGUCUGAAGGUUCUGUUAUCAUUGAUGAAGUGGCUGAUGUAAAUGACAAAGUUGUUGGUGAAGCCCCUGUUGAAAUCAUGAUUGAACACACGGAUGAAGUUGAUAACACUGAUGUAGGUAAAGCUGUUGUUACUGGUACACUCACUCCUAAUGCAGAACGUUGUUCUUCAUCUAAUAAACAUGAUGUUGGUGAACCCAAUGGUAUUGACGGAAAUCCUGUUCUUCACACUUCACAUAGCAGCGAUGUUACCAUAUGCACUGUGUCCAGACCUGUGUCAUUAGAUGAUAGCCUAGCCGAAAUAUUUACAGCAGGACUUCCAGAUGAUCUUGAGAUCAAGUUUCAGGACAAUCAAGACCCAAAUAUUGAUGGACUCGAAAAUGAACGAGUGGAUACAAGGAUUUCAGAGUGUAGUGUGGUGUCCAGUAUUGGGGGUUGUAUGACCAGCUCCCAACUGGCAGAAAUUGACUGGAAUUCACAGUUCCCUACGUAUAGCCCUGAAGAGCAGACCAGAGAUUUACAGCAAACUGGCCUCAGCCCUGUUCUACUGAUAAAUGAGACAAUUGAACAAAGGGAAACAACUCCUGACAAAGAAGCAACUGAAUCAGGGGAAGCAAUUCUUAAGAGAGGCCUUCUUGUGUCAAGGGGACAAACUAUAACCAAAGAAACAUCUAUUGGAACGGUGGCAACUUUGGUUAAAGUAACUCUUGUUUCAGGGGAGACUUUUUGCAAAAAAGAAACAAAUAUUUCAGGGAAAACAACUCUAGAGAAAGAAAUACCAAUGUCAGCACCAGUAACUAUUGAAAAUGGAGCAUCUGUGCCAAGGGAGGCAAGUGGAGAAAAAGGAGCAGCAGACUUUGGGGCGGAGACUAAGACUAAGGAAUCCUGUAAUAAUCAUAGCGUGGAUGGAUCACCUUACCAGCAUAAAGAUGGUUCAGCUAUUGUUAGAGGCAUUAUACAUGAGCUGUCUCAAAUGAACAAACUACUUCUGCGGACAAAAAGGGACAUGGAGACUUCACACAGGAAGCGCCAGAAAUGACAAGUCUGAUGACCUCCCAUCUAACCUCUAAUGCGACCGCCCAUAUGACCUCCCAUAUGACUUCAUAUGUGACCACUCAUAUGACCACCUAUAUGACCCUUCAUAUGACCGCCUGUUUGACCUCCCACAUGACCUCCCAUAUAACUUCAAAUGUGACCACUCAUAUGACCACCUAUAUGACCCUUCAUAUGACCUCCUGUAUAACCGCCCACAUGACCUCACUAUGACUUCAAACGUUACCCCUCAUGUAACCUCCCCUAACGGUGACCUCAAAUGCGACCUACUGUGUGACUGCCUAUAUAACCUUUUUUAUUACUUCCAACUCGUACACCCUUUCCUGUAACCUCCCAUAUGACCACCUAUAUGACCCUUCAUAUAACCUUCUUUGUGACCAGUGAACCGCCCAGUGACCUUCCAUAUGACCUCUCCAGAUACAUUUUAUAUAACCUUUCAUUGUAGCAGCCAAAUUACCUUUCUAGCGAAUUCCUCUGUGACCUCCCAUAUGGCAUCUUCUGUGACUUCCCAUAUGACCUCCCAUGUGACCUCUGUGACCUUGCACAUGACCUGCUCUGUGACUUCCCAUUUGACCUCCUUUGUGACCUCCUCUGUGACCUCCAAUAUGACAUCUUCUGUGACUUCCCAUAUAACCAUUGUGACCUCCCAUAUUACCUUUGUGACCUCCAUUAUUACCUAUGUGACCUUGCACAUGAAUUGCUCUGUGACUUCACAUAUGACCUCCUCUGUGACCUCCUUUGUGACUUUCCAUAUGACCUCUUUGACUUCCGAUAUGACCUUCUCUGUGACCCCCAUAUGACUUCCAAUGUGACCCCCAUAUGACCUCCUCUGUGACUCCCAUAUGACAUCCUCUUUGACUCCCAUAUGACCUUCUCUGUGACCUCUUCUGUGACUUCCCGCUCUGCUUUUCAUUUGGACCGAGUUAUGACUACAUUUGUUGGUUCUCUUGGGUUAAAUUGACAGAAAUAAAGAGUUAUCAAUGCUU